GACACUCCACGGUGCAGCUUUACUGAGGAGCCUUCACUCUGCUGGACACAUUUAUUUAUCCAAGCGCACAGAUCUAACAGUGUUUUCCCCCCUGCUCAGCAAAGCGAGCUUCUAGCUUUUCACACCACUUGUUGAUGAUGUGCUUCAGAAAAAGGGUCCAUGUGGAUUUUAUUUUUAUUUUGGGCGAUAAUUGACCUCACCUGGUGCGCCCGAUUGCGCCAGUCUGCUCCACCUCUCCUCGGUGAGCUGCUGCUGGUGGAAAAACUGCUAUAAAGAGGUCAUUUUAAAGUGGGUUGGGUUAAACUGGCACUUUAAAAGAAGCGCUUGUUGCUUUCUGAGCAUUUCAGCAGCAGCCGCCGCCAGGUUGGGAGAAAAGACGCACCGGUUGGAGAAGUGGAUACGGCGGCUCGUUUGUAGGAUUUGAACCCUUUUCUUCUCCUCAACCCUUGUUAAGUUUCAGCCAGCCAUGGGUGGAGGUGGUGUGGACAGGUUAGUAAAAUCUCUGCUGCUGCUUCUGCCAGUGCUGCUGCGCUGUGAAGCACUGCCAGAGAGCUGGCAGCCUGGAAACUACAUCAACAGCACGGCCGACGCGCAGAGGUUCCUCAGAGAUUACAACAGCACUGCUGAGGAGGUGUUCUUCCUCAGUGUGUUAGCCAGCUGGAACUACAACACAAACCUAACGGAACACAACUCCAAGCUCCAGGUUAGUGCAGCUCUAGAGGAACAAGCCUUCUCUGAGGCCUGGGGGAUGAAGGCCAAGCAGGUCUUUUCUAAGGAGCUUCUUGACUCCCUCCCUGAUGCUGAAGACAAGAUGUUGAUGGAGGGCAUCAUGCAGCUGGGAGCUGCUAACCUUCCCCAGAAUGAAAGAGAGGAGUUCAACACCAUUCUCAGCACCAUGGAUAGUAUUUAUUCAACAGCAAAGGUACACCCACAGCCAAACAUAAGCUGGAGCCUGGAACCCGAGCUAACAGACAUCAUGGCCAAAUCCAGGAGCUACAAGAAGUUGCUCUAUGCUUGGGAAGCCUGGCACAAUGAGUCUGGCGUGCCUCUAAAGGAGUAUUACCCCAGGUUUGUCGAGCUCAGCAACAAAGCCUCUAGAGGAGAUGGAUUCAAUGACACUGGAGCAGUUUGGCGCUCUUGGUACGAGUCUCCAACUUUUGAACAGGAUAUAGAAAAGCUCUACAGGACCAUCGAGCCACUUUACCUGAACCUGCAUGCAUUUGUGCGCCGCAAACUCUACAACUUCUAUGGACCCAGAUAUAUCAACCUGAAGGGACCGAUUCCUGCACACCUGCUGGGAAAUAUGUGGGCCCAGACCUGGAACAACAUCUUUGACAUGAUGGUCCCAUUUCCUGACAAACCCAACGUGGAUGUGACGGCUGAAAUGGUUAAACAAGGCUACAAUGCUACACACAUGUUCCGUGUGGCCGAGGAGUUCUUCACCUCCUUGGAUUUAGCAGAAAUGCCUAAAGAAUUCUGGGAAGGUUCUAUGCUUGUUAAGCCUGAGGAUCGAGAGGUAGUGUGUCACGCGUCUGCCUGGGACUUUUACAACCGCAAAGACUUCAGGAUUAAGCAGUGCACCACAGUGACCAUGGAGCAGCUCUUCACUGUUCACCAUGAGAUGGGACACAUCCAAUAUUACUUGCAGUACAAGGACCAGCCUGUGGGCUUUCGCGAUGGAGCCAACCCCGGAUUUCACGAAGCCAUCGGUGAUGUUCUGUCACUUUCUGUUUCGACCCCAAAGCACCUGCACAAAAUUAACCUGCUAGAAUCUGCAACCUCUGACGAAGAAACUGACCUUAAUUUCCUGUUGAAGAUGGCUCUGGAGAAGAUUGCCUUCCUUCCUUUUGGUUACCUCAUUGACCAGUGGAGAUGGGGGGUAUUUGAUGGGCGCACCCCUCCAGAUAAAUACAACUCUGAGUGGUGGUACCUCAGAACCAAAUACCAAGGAAUUUGCCCGCCCACCAAGCGUACAGAGGACCACUUUGAUCCUGGUGCAAAAUACCACAUCCCUGGAAAUACACCAUACAUCAGGUAUUUUAUCAGCUUCAUCCUGCAGUUCCAGUUUCACGAGAAGCUGUGUGAAGCAGCCAAUCACACUGGCCCUCUGCACACAUGUGACAUCUACCAGUCUGCAGAAGCAGGAGCCAUUCUAAAGAAAGUUCUUCAGGCUGGCUCUUCCAAACCUUGGCCUGAUGUGCUCCAGGAGGCCAUUGGCACCAGAGAGAUGAAUGCCAACUCACUAAUGAAAUACUUUGAGCCUGUAACAAAGUGGCUGCAAGAACAAAAUGUGAAAGAGACUCUGGGAUGGCCUGAAUUUAACUGGGUCCCACCCAUUCCUGAGGGCUACCCAGAGGAUGUAGAUAAGAAUACAGAUGAGCUCCAUGCAAAGACGUUUCUAGAAGAGUAUAACCGAACAGCUGAAGUGACUUGGAAUGCAUACACAGAGGCUUCUUGGAACUACAACACAGACCUCACUGAAUCUAAUAAGAAGAUCAUGCUCCAGAAGAACCUGGAGAUGUCGAAACAUACCCUGAAGUACGGACUAAAGGCUCGCGAGUACGAUACCACGGACUUCCAGGAUACUUCCGUUAAACGCAUCAUCAAAAAACUCAGUGACAUUGAGAGGGCUGCUCUGUCCUCAGCAGAGCUGGAAGAGUACAACACCCUUCUAUCUAACAUGGAGACUAAGUACAGUCUGGCUGUGGUUUGCAGAGAUGGUGUCACCUGCCAUCCACUGGAUCCAGAUCUCCAGAAGAUCAUGGCAGAGUCCAGGGACUACGAUGAGCUGCUGUUUGCUUGGAAAGGAUGGAGAGAUUCUGCUGGCAAAAUUCUUCGUCAGGAUUAUAAAAGAUAUGUUGAACUGGCCAACAAAGCUGCCACAAUCAACGGUCAUUCUGAUAAUGGAGCUUUUUGGCGGUCUCUGUAUGAAACUCCAACUUUUGAGGAGGACCUGGAGACUCUGUGGAAGGAGCUGGAGCCUCUCUAUCUGAACGUACAUGCAUAUGUUCGAAGGGCUUUGUACAGAAAUUAUGGUCCUGACUACAUCAACCUGAAGGGACCAAUUCCUGCUCAUCUGUUGGGCAACAUGUGGGCUCAGACCUGGUCUGGGAUUAUGGAUUUAGUCACACCCUACCCAGAUGCCACACAGGUGGAUGCUACUCCAGCUAUGGUGGCACAGGGUUGGAACGCCACCCGGAUGUUCCAGGAAUCAGACAGAUUUUUCACCUCUCUGGGCUUGUUGCCCAUGCCCAAAGAAUUCUGGGACAAAUCCAUGUUGGAGAAACCGACUGAUGGACGCCAGGUGGUGUGCCAUGCCUCUGCUUGGGACUUCUAUAAUCGGAAAGACUUCAGGAUUAAACAGUGCACGGUUGUGACUAUGGAUGACCUGAUCACGGUGCACCAUGAGAUGGGCCAUGUUCAGUACUUCCUGCAGUACAAAGACCAGCCUGUGUCCUUUCGUGAUGGAGCCAACCCUGGUUUCCAUGAGGCCAUUGGAGAUGUUCUUGCACUGUCAGUGUCCACGCCCAAACACCUGCAGAGCAUCGGCCUUCUGGACAAAGUUGAGGACAACCACGAAAGUGAAAUCAACUUUUUGAUGAGCAUGGCCCUCGACAAGAUUGCCUUCCUACCUUUUGGCUACCUGAUGGACCAGUGGAGGUGGAAGGUGUUUGAUGGACGCAUCCCUUCAACUGAAUAUAACAAAGAAUGGUGGAACCUCAGAUUGAAGUACCAGGGACUGUGUCCACCUGUACUUCGCAAUGAGGAUGACUUUGACCCAGGUGCUAAGUUCCACAUCCCUGCAAAUGUGCCCUACGUCAGGUACUUCAUUAGCUUCAUCAUCCAGUUUCAGUUCCACAAGGCUCUGUGUGAUGCUGCGAAGCAUAACGGGCCACUGCACAUGUGUGAUAUCUACAAAUCUCACGAAGCUGGGAAGCUGCUGGGCGACGCAAUGAAGCUUGGUAACAGUAAGCCCUGGCCUGAAGCCAUGGCCAUGAUCACUGGUCAGUCCAAAAUGUCCGCCCAGCCCCUCAUGACAUAUUUCAAACCGCUCAUCGAUUGGCUGGAGGUGGAGAACAACAAGAAUAACGAUGUCCGCGGAUGGCCCGAGUAUGACUGGAAACCUGCAACAAGGCCUGGAGUGGAAAUCAAAGAUGUCAAAGUAGACUUCCUGGGAAUGAAUGUGGAUGGUGCUGCUGCAGUAGCUGGUCAGUGGAUCCUGCUGGUUCUUGGUCUGGUCCUCCUAGUGGCCACCAUCCUACUAGCAUACAAAUACAGAAAGUCAAAAAGGCCUGAGAAGUCCUUAUCAACUAUGGAGCUGAAGCAGAAGGACUAGAGAGGUUCAAAAGCCGACCAAAGCAACAAGGACUAACUAGCCGACACAGAAUCAACCUCAUUGUGGUCAUCCAAGUACAUUUUGACUGUUCUGAAUCAGAAUUGUAUUUGUGUUUUUUAUUUUGUGUUUAAAUGUUGCUGGAAGGUGAAUCUGUAUAAUAGAAAAAUCCCAAACAUGCAGCAUUAUAGAAUGUUUCUUUACUGCAGAAUAACCAAAUGUUUCUAUAGGGUGAAAGGUUUAGUAACACUUGACACUGUUUAAGUAUUCAUAGAGAAUAUUUAAGUAGAAGAUGCUAUUUCACUGUAAUCUCAGCCACUCUGUUCUAUAUUUUUAAUGACUAACUAUUAAAGUAUAAUAAAUAUAUCUAUAGAUAUAUCUAAUUUCAAAGUCCCAUUGAGGACAAUGUUUUUAACAAGUGUGUCAUGAUGCCAAAUAAUUUUUAUUCAAAUAGUUUUAAGUUGGUGUUUUGUUCAUUUUCGGUUUAAAUAAUUUUUAGAAUGUUCUAAUUUUCAUCCUAUAUGUAAUAUUUUGGUCCACUUUUGAUUUCCAGAGAUAUUUUAUUUCUGGAUUUUCAUGAUUAACUACCUGAGGUGCUGUAUGUUUUAAAAUUUGUACAAAAAUGACUUACUGCUGUUAUUAGUUGUUUAUUUUUUUUUACUCGUGUUAUGAAAUACACUGAUCUGACCAGA